AGUCUAGAGAACUGCGCAUAGUUAUAGUCUAUUUUUAAUAUAUCUCACGAAUGAUAAAACUUAUAAAAAGAUCAAAAUUUAACUUCAAAAAGUGUUCAAAAGAGAUAAAUCCAUUUAUUUGUUCAAGUUUUGAUACACCAAUUAUAAAUAUAGCCCACGUUUAGUUAUAUUGAGUGGAAUUUUUUAGUUUCUUGGAAUAGCCUGUAUGGCGGGAAAUUUCUGGAGAAACAGCUGAUUGAUAAACAAGAUGCCUGUAAAGAAAUAUUUUCCCAGCAAAGAAAUCAAAAGGCUUAGCUUGACUGGAAAAUUUGAAUUGGACAAGAGGCACUCUUCAUAUAAACAUUAUAAAUCAUUUACUCUAGAUGAUGAGCAGUACGUAGUGGGUGAUUUUGUUUUGAUUGCAAAUGAUGAAAAUGGAAAUGAAAACUUGGAGUCUAAAGACACUGCUUUUACAGCACAAAUUAAAGAUGUCAUUGAAAAGGAAUACAAGUCUAAGUCAAAGAAGAAGGAUGUUGUUGCAGUGGUUACUUGGUACUGGAGACGGGAAGAGUUACCUGAUUCACAUCUAGCGACAAUUGAAGCUCAUCAAUUUGAAGUUUUUAAGAACUUAACCAAUAUCCCCGAGGAGAUUGAUCCGGAAACUAUAUUAGGAAAAUGUCAGGCAAGUAUGCUUAAGUUGUUAAUGAACAAGGGACUAUAUCACAUGAAGAAAUAUGAAGAUGUGGUAUGAGUGCCAAUGAGACAACUCUCUAUCUAAGUCACAAUUUGUAAUUGAAGAACCAUGUUAGGUCAAAGUAUGGUCUUUAACACAGAGCCGUUGCUCACACCAAACAGCAAUCUAUUAAGGCCCCAAAAUUGACUAGUGUAAAACCAUUCAGACAGGAAAACCAAUGGUAUAAUCUACAU